AUGUUCAGUCCGCAUGCCAUGGCGGUGAGCGGCGAGGCCACGCAGAAGGCGCUGCAGUCGGUGGCGCAGAGCACGCGGUGGACGUACAGCAUCGUCUGGCAGCUCUGCCCCCAUCAAGGCGCGCUGGUGUGGGCGGAGGGGCACUACAACGGUGCCAUCAAGACGCGCAAGACGGUGCAACCGGGUGGGGAGGAGGAGGAGGAGGAGACGGGCAAGGCGGCGCGCCGCCGCAGCCGGCAGCUGCGGGAGUUGUACGACUCGCUGGUGGGGGAGGCCGCCGCCGGUGUUGCUGUUGGAGGAGCGGGCAGCGGGGAUGUCCACCAUGGUCCGCAGCCGGCGGCGGCAGCGAGGCGGCCGAGCGCAGCGCUGGCGCCGGAGGACCUGACGGAGACGGAGUGGUUCUUCCUCAUGUGCGCCUCCUACUGCUUCCCUCCCGGCGUCGGGUUGCCUGGGGAGGCAUUUGCAUGGAGAAGGCAUGUAUGGCUCAGUGGAGCAAACGAAGUUGAUAGCAAAGUGUUUUCGAGAGCGAUUCUUGCCAAGAGUGCAGGCAUCCAGACAGUCGCAUGUAUUCCAGUUGUCGAUGGUGUCCUGGAAAUCGGAACCACAGAGAAGGUAGAACAAGACUUUGAUUUUAUUCAGUAUGCUAGGAGCAUCUUCAUGGAUCAACAUGUACAUGGCAUCCAAAUGAUGCCUACCCUCUCAGGGCAUUCAACUUCCAACCCAGUCACACACAUUGAUCAUCAGCCAUUCCAGACUAAAAGGGAAAACUACAUUGGUGACACAAAUGUGCAGCCAAAUAAUUUAAAUCCAGGAGACGAGCACAAUGAAAUGGAAGAAGACGACGACGGCGACGAAAUUGAUACAGAGUGCGCAUUAGGUUCAGAGAUCAACACUGCGAAGGAUUCAUGCCAGCGUGCACGACUGAACAAGAUGAACAAUGAGCAGGCUACACCCAAUGCAGGGAGCAGUGAACUGAUGCAGGUUGAGAUGCCCGAAAGGGUAAGAGAUGGUUGCUCAAAUUACAACAUGGAUGAAGGGACCGAAAUGCUAAUGGUUUGCCAGAACAGUAAUGCCCAGUCCAGUCCGCAAGGGCAAGAUGAACCUGGUCAGUGGCAUCUACUCUACGAAGACCUAUGCUGUGGCUACCUACAACCGUCAGGAGCAGAAGAUCAAGCAAUACCACCCGAAAAUGCGCACUAUGCAGAAACAGUCCUGACAAUCCUACGGCACAAUGUGUGUCGACGAACAGCCUCAAACGUUAAGACCUACCUGGCAGUCUCCAACAAUUCAUCAUUCUCAAGAUGGAACACAAAAGGAACUGAUGAUCUUCAGAACAUACUGAACCCAAAAGGCACUCCACAGAGAAUGCUGAAGAGCAUCCUGUUCAAUGUUCCUAGCAGUCACCGCAGGUGCAGGGGAGAUGCCCAGUCACCCGAGCCCAGGGACGGCGAAGGUGCGAGUCGGUCACGGAGAGGACAAGUCCAGGCAGAGAUGAGUGCCAGCCAUGUUCUGAAGGAGCGGAGGAGGAGGGAGAAGCUCAACGAGAGGUUCAUCAUCCUGCGGUCCUUGGUGCCGUUCGUGACAAAGAUGGACAGGGCCUCGAUCCUGGGCGACACGAUCGAGUACGUGAAGCAGCUGCGGAGACGCAUCCAGGACCUCGAGUCACGAUCCCGGCAGAUCGACGGCAACGUGAUGACGCAGCCUCCGGCAACGUCACACGAGAGGAGACGCCACAGCACAAGCAAAGGGAAGAGAGCUACGGAGGCGAGCGGCAGCAGCACCAGGAUGCCCGCGGCGGCGGGCACGGAGGUGCAGGUGUCCAUCAUCGAGAGCGACGCGCUGCUGGAGCUGAGGUGCCCGCACAGGGACGGCCUCCUGCUCCGGGUCAUGCAGGCGCUGCAUCGGGAACUCCGGCUGGAUGUCACCGCCGUCCAGGCCUCGUCGGCCGGCGGUGUGCUGCUAGCAGAAUUGCGCGCAAAGGUGAAGGAGGUGCAUGGGAGGAGGAGCAGCAUCACUGAGGUGAAGAGAGCGAUCCAUCUAAUCCUCUCGUCAGAUUGAAUAUGUAACAAAAACUAUAUUUACUAGUGAUCACCUUGUAGUUAUUAUACACCUGGAGGAUGAUUGUCAAAAGUAAAAUAGAACCUGU